AUGUUUAGAGCCAGGUCUCUAGCAAGGUCUUUUUCAAUACUAGAUUACAAAAACUCAGCCUCGCUUUUAGACUCUUACAUGAGCAGUAUCCCUGGGCCAGGCUUGUCCCCAGCAGCUGAGUAUGCAGCCCUCCCAAAAGUUGGUAUGCUUUCAGGAGUCUAUGAAGCCACACGUGAUUUAGCAAUUGUAAUAGCUACAUAGGACAUAAUUACUGCAGUUAACGACAUGGGCUAUGGAAUGGGAGUUGGCAUUAUAUGUAUAUCUGUUGGUUUCCGUAUAAUUUACAGCCCAAUUCUCUUAUGGUCGCAAAUUAUUGGGCUUAAGCUUAAAAUGAUACAGCCAGAAAUGAAUAAACAUAGAAGCGAUAUGCAGCAGGUAUAUCAAACAGGAAAUAGAAAACAGCUAGCUGUAUUGAACGCUAAUUUCAGCAGACUUAAAAAAAGCUUUGGAAUCAGGCAAGAUGCUCAGUUGUAUUCAUUGACUCAAAUUCCAUUUUUAAUCUCUUUCUUUUUUACCUUGCAAGAAAUAGCAUACUCACCAGAUAUUUAUCCAGGGAUGCUUACAGAUGGCUUUUUGUGGUUUCAAAAUCUUACAGAGCCAGACCCUUAUUAUAUUUUACCAAUAGCGUUUUCGGUCUGCAAUUUUUUGAAUAUUCUUAAAAGUCCAACUACAUCGGGAGCAGCAGGCCAAUGAGCUAGAUAUGCUAAAUUUAUGAAAUAUUUUACGCUUUUAACUAUUCCGGUAUCAGGGCUGAUGCCUGCCGCUAUUGUGCUAAAUUGGUUUAUUAUGAGCUUUUUCCAAUUGAUAUGCAGUUCUUUGGUUUAUACAAAAACUGGUAGAAAAUUAUUGACAAUCCCAGAAAUUCUGCCAGGAAGCCAUACAGAUAAGAUAGCAAAAAAAGCAGCUGCGACGCAAAUUAUAAAGCCAGUAAUAUAUUCACAAAAGCCGACUAAUAAGUAA